UUUUGUGCUUUCUUCUUGCGAUGCCUGUCGGGCGCAGUUCUCGUAGAACCCACUCGCGCUCUGUCAUCCACCGUGUCAUCUAGAGGGUCAGCCACAGAAGCACAACGUAUUGCGCUGCAUGACCGAAAAAAGGCUACAAGGAAAUAUGAAGGCUCCCAUCCAUGACCGUGUGGUCUACUCGCCGUACCCAAGUGUGGAGAUUCCUGAGUGCUCUUUCUACACUCUGGCGAAAGAGCAACUGCUGGUGAACCCUGACAAACUACUACUGGUGAGCGAUGUUGUCAGCCUCACGCGAAAGGAAACGCUGGCUCACAUGGAGCGAUAUGCUAUUGGCUUCCGGAACAAUGGCGUGGCUCCAGGCGACCGCAUCUGCAUCCACCUAGAAAACGCAGUGGAAAACCUGGUAGCCAUUUACGGCUGCAUUUUGACUGGGGCAACCGUCGUCUUAGCGAAACCUUCGCUCACCGAAAAUGAGCUGCGCUACCAGUGUGAAGAUAGUGAGAGUACGCAUAUUCUCACUGAACAGAAGUACGCCGAAAAAGUGGUCAGAACAGCGGCGGCACUCAGCAUGAAGGGUCUUUUCUGCAUGGGUCCUGCCCCAGGGUUUAUAUCGACAUCGGAAUUCUUAAAUUUCCACGAGCGAGACUACUUGGAAGUGCCCGUUGAAAAGCCUCGUGACACAGUGCUCGCCCUGAUUUACACAUCAGGAAGCACUGGCUUGCCGAAGGGGACAGAGAUCACGCAUUACAACUACGUGGCCGCCUUUUACUGUACAACGCGACACCUACCUUGGUCAAGUUCAGACAUAUUUCUUGCAUCCUUUCCUAUUACUCACCAAUCAGGUAUGAUGUAUACCAUGUUGGGUGCUCUGGGCGGUACGAUAAGCGUCAUAACGCCAGCCACGAUGACGCCCCAGGAAUUUAUGGACAGCAUUCAUAAAUACAAGGUGACAUCGACAUUCCUAUUUCCCACACAGCUUCAAGCUGUGGUGCGUGAGAUGCGUCGCUCAGGAAGAAGGUUACCAACUGUCCGCCGAAUCGGUACGGGUGGCAGCGUGGUUCCGGCAUCCGUAGCAGAAGCAGCCUACGAAACAUUCGGUGCUCUCGAGCAACUCCUAAAUCUAUAUGGUAUGACGGAGUCUUGCGGUGUUGUGACGGUGCUGCCGAAAUCUGCCGAAUGUCGAAACAGCACUGACGUUGGAAUUCCUGCGACCGGAGUCACUCUGAAGGUUGUCGACGUGAGCACCCGUGACAAACUUGGUCCACACCAGAUCGGGGAAAUUUGCUUUCGAACGCCAUCUAUGGUGAGGGGAUACUACAAAAGGCCACGUGAAUCUGCCGAGCUGUUCGACGAAGAAGGAUGGUGCAAAUCGGGUGACGCUGGUUUCUACGACGAGUAUGGACGCUUAUAUUUUUCUGAACGCCUCAAGCAAAUGAUCAAGUGCAUGGACAACCAAGUUGCUCCAUCUGAGCUUGAAGAACUGUUGCUCCGCAUGCACCCCACUCAGAUUGCCGAGGUUUCCGUGGUAGGGCUGAAGCACUCGGAAUACGGUGAAGCCCCAGCGGCCGCCAUUGUUCUCACAGAAGAAGGCAAGAAGCAAGACAUUAUCGCCUUCGUCAACGACGUAAAGGCCACUGUUGCAAAUAACCUUGCUUUGCAUAAGCGCCUCUAUGGAGGCGUGUACAUUGUGGACUGCCUACCGAAGACCGAGACCGCAAAAGUGAACAGACCAGCACUGGCCCGUUCCCUGGCAUGUCAGUAAAGCAAAUGCCUGCA